GUUUUCCUUCCUGUUAAUGGUCCACGCCACCACCACAUCCUGACAGAAAUGACCCGACCACGAGUGGACCAGGCAACGUUGCGGGAGGUGUGGGCCCAAUUGAAGUGCCUCCAGAGGAGCUUCGAAAGGGCUGUAGAGCUGAUCGGAGCUGUUGCCCCGCACACUCCUCCGCCACCGAUGACAACUCUCCGCUUGACAGUGCCCAGCCUGCUCUCCCCCGAGUCGGCUGCUGAAAGCCCCGCUGCUGCAUCACACGCCACGGCCCAAGUCUGCGUGGGUGUGGUGCACGCCAGUACGCCGGGCACAGAGGGAUCUGCCCCGCCGACAUCCGAAGGCCCAGCUCCACUGCCGCACGCCACGGCCGAAGCCUGCGUGGGUGCGCGCACCGCUGCUUCUUUUACGGGUGUGGUGCAUUCCACUGCGCCGGGCACAGAAGGUCCAAUCCCGCCGAUGUCUGAAGGCCCAGCUCCGCUGCCGCACGCCACGGCCGAAGCCUGCGUGAGUGCGCGCACCGCUGCUGUCCGCCCGGAUGCGGUGCACUCCAGAGCGCCGAGCACAGGGGUUCCUGCUGCGCACGCCACGGCCUUAGUCUGCGUGGGUGUGCACGCCCCUGCACCGGUCGUCACAGAGAUGCCUGCUCCCCCCGUCGUCCUCAAGCGUCCAGAGAUCCCCGUCGUCCUCAAGCGUCCAGAGAUCCCCGUCGUCCUCAAGCGUCCAGAGAUCCCCGUCAUCCUCAAGCGUCCAGAGAUCCCCGUCAUCCUCAAGCGUCCAGAGAUCCCCGUCAUCCUCAAGCGUCCAGAGAUCCCCGUCGUCCUCAAGCCGUCGGCCACACAGCCUCCCAGCGCACCCGAUCCAGCGGCCGAACCGUUGCCCUGGCUCUUAAUCUGCAGCUGGCCACACUCAAGCUCCCUCAAUUCUCCAGCGCCCCCGGGCCAACGUUUGCCACUCAGACCCUUAAACGGCCUCCCGCCUCCUGGUCGGCCACCAGAACUCUCAGUGUUUUUUCCCCGGACCUCCCUUUGUUAGCCCUGUUUUGUUUUUUGUGGUCGUCUGGAAUCCGACCUUGAGGGGGAGGUGAUGUCAAGAUCCUCUGAGUUGUGGACUUGUUUCAGUUAAUUAGUUGAUUUACCGCACCUGCUGUUAAUGAUCCCCAGCCUGUAUUUAAGUUCUCUCUGUUUGUUUCCCCGUUGUCGGGUCAUUCUGUGUUCCUUCUGUAUGCUCCUGUGGUCUCCAAGUCGCUGCUCCUGCCUGAGUUUCUGUAAGUUUGCUUUCAUUAAAAUUCCAAUUUCACUAUGUUCUGCCUCCGCCUCGUUGCCGCCUAGGUCCACGCCACCACCACAUCCUGACACGUAGGUCAUGUUAAUAUUACAAUGGAAUGCAAGAAGCUUAAUUGUUAAUGUUCAGGAACUUAAAGGUUGUAUUGACAGUCUUAAAGAUCAACCAUAAAUUAUUUGUGUUCAGGAAACAUGGUUAAAAAAACAUUAGAUUUCGUGAUUAAAGGAUAUAAUGGUGUAAGAAGAGACCGACAGGAGGGAGGUGGAGGAGGAUGUGGAAUAUUUAUAAAACAAGGGAUACAAUAUCAGGUAUUAGGGAAAGGGAAAGAACUUGAAUACAUAGUAAUUGAGAUAUGGGAACAAGAAGUUAAAUUUAAAAUAAUACAUUUUUAUAAUCCAUGUAAAACAUUAUCAACUGAAAUAAUGGAGGAGUUAACUGAAUAUUUGGAAGGGAAAGUAAUUUGGUGUGGGGAUUUUAAUGCAAAUAGUACAUUGUGGGGUAAAUGUAAUGACAAAAAUGGACAAGUUAUAGAAGAAUUAAUGGAAAUGAAAAAUCUUGUAUGUAUUAACGAUGGGAGGGGAACAAGAAACAACGUAAGAACAGGGAUGGAAUCAGUUUUAGAUUUAACAAUUGUAUCAAAUGUUUUAGCUGGUAUAUGUGAGUGGUUCAUUGAUAAGAAUUCAUCAAUAGGUAGUGAUCAUUAUCCCAUAACAAUUAGAGUAGGGUUAAAUUUAAAUAAUAAGAAUAUAAAGGUCAAUAAAAAAACUCAAUUUCAAUAAGGCAGACUGGAUUAAAUUUAGAUUCUUGAGUCAAAUAAAUUUGGAAAAAGUAGAUAUGAGAAUGGAUAUAAAUGAUGUAAAUCUAAACAUUUGUAAGAUAAUCAUGGAAGCAGCAGGUCAUUCUAUAAAGAAAGUAGGGUGUAAAAAUGAUAAGAAAAUGGUACCGUGGUGGACAAAUGAAUGUAAAGAAGCAAUAAAGUUAAGAAACAAAGCAUUUAAGGUACUAAAAGGUAAUCCAAUUUAUAAGAAUUUAACUGAUUAUGAAAGAAAGCAAGCAAUAGUAAGGAGAACUAUUAAGAAUGCAAAAAGAGAGUAUUGGAGAAGUUUUUGUAGCACAAUAGGGAGAGACACAAAGAUAGAAAAAAUAUGUAAAAUAAUUAAAAGAAUGAAUGGAAUAAAGAGAGAGUUUUAAUAUCCUA